ACACUUUUUGCCUACUAGUAGGUUGCCCUGGAAAGGAUCUCUCGAGGUUGUGCACCCCAUGCCUACCCUACCUAGAACAUACCGUUGAGCAGGUAUGCUCUGGCUUCAUCGUUCCAAUAGGAUUUAACCAGUCUAGACCGAUUCAUGGAGCUCCGUGUCUGCCCUCUCUCGAUUUUCGUGUCCUGUGGAUUUUGAAGGAUUAGGAUUUCCAAUCCUUUCAAUCCUCUGGUUUCGGACUCACGAGUGUCCAGGGAAAAAUAAUAACAACAACUUUGAUCUAAAGUGAAUUUUCUCACAAUAUUAUCUUCCAAACGCUAUGCGGAUGAUAAAUUUUGCAUGAUUGAGUUUUUAUGCCAACGUUUUAUGACAUCAAAUCUAACCCUUUGCAAAUAUUCCACGAUGAUGUGAGGAUCUGAUAGUUCUCGAUGGGGAAUUUGGGUUCGACUAUCAUAGGUAAUUCGUGGCGCGCAGCUGAAGGAAGCUAGCUACAUACAUGUAGCUAUGGCCGACGGAUGGGGAAGAACUGUACUCUAUUUAAACUUCUGCACCGUUCUCAGAUUAAAAGUCAAAGUUUGGCGAUUUGGGUUGUCGCCAUCGUCCACGGGUGGUAUAUAUAUGUCGUCAAAUUUCGUGCUGGCAGAAAACAUACUUUGACUCGGGAAAUAGAUUAUCCCGCUGACUGGAAUCGGAGUGGUUGAAUCUUGUUCAAAUAAGAAGGGCUGGACGAGGGAGUGCAGAAGAAGGAUGGAGAAAUGUCGAUUAGCACUAACUUGUCACUAGGCUUGUGUGUCGUGAAAUUCUCACCUGCGGUGUACUGAUGAUGCCUUCAGAAUGUAAUUCCCUUGGUGUCAUUUGCAUCCCCUAUCUUCGUUACGGCGUUGAUGGCUGAAUGGCGAAACCCAACUAGGUUGUGAUAAUGGGUCAAAACAGAAAUGGAAGUAAAAUAAAUUACUAUUAGUCUUCCAUUUAUACCAGCCUAAUGGCUUGAUAAUCAUAGCUAUAGCUAUAGUUAUGUCCUGUUUAUCUGUUGAUGAUGGUUGCAUGAUGCGGUAGAUAAGAUAAACCUGGCAUAAAUUGUCUUGGCACCAGCAGAAUAACCAACGUCAUUGAAUGCAUCAACAUCCCUCCUUCUCCAGCCCAUAUAACGCAUACUAUAGACAAACCAACCUGGCUUCAAUAUAGACUGUGGCCCAUCUAUUUUUCCAUAGCUUUCCUGACAAGCUGUAUUCUUCCACUGCCUAACACUCAUUUCUGCGACUCCUUCAACCUCGGCAGGCCAACCCAGAAGCCAAGAGAACGCCACUCACGAGCGCCUCGCCCGACUUGCAACCGCGCAAUUCCGCAACAACUUGUUUCCACGACACAUAGCUGCUUAUCAAAAUAGACAUCUAGACAGAAAAGAGAGGGAAAAGGAAAAAAACCGCAAGAACCCUUUUAGGGAAACUCAUUUCGACGCACUACGUUCUUCCCCGGUUUCGACUCCCAACAAUGUGCAUAGCUCUCGUUUCAACCGCUCACCCCUCCUACCCACUAAUUCUAAUCGAUAAUCGGGAUGAAUUCCUCCACCGCCCGACAGCCCCCGCAAGCUGGUGGCCCGACGGCAAAUCCCAUGUCCUAGGUUCUCGAGACCUAGCACGAGAAGUCCACGGAACCUGGCUAGGUGUCACACAGCAAGGCCGCAUCGCGGUGCUGACAAACUACCGCGAAGACCCCGAUAAGCAAGUAGUGGGCGUGCGUAGCAGAGGCUCCAUCGUCAACUCAUUCCUCGAAUUGCCUCCAGACAGUACAAUAAGCGCCAAGGAGUAUGCCGAGGAGCUGGUUUCAAGCGGCGAAGCCCAGCUGGCUGGCGGCUUCAGUCUGGCCUGCGGCAACGUACGGGGCCCCUUGGCUGUUGUGUCCAACCGCGUCUCGGCAGCGGAUGGUAUUGAGUGGAUAGCAACUGAAAAGGGGCAGACGGUCGGGCUGAGCAAUACGGCAUUUGGAGACCGGUCGUGGCGGAAGAUUGUGGAUGGGGAGAGGCUUCUAAAGGAGGCGAUUGAUACCUCUGUGAAACUGGACGAGGGCGAAGAUGCGUUUGUGCAGCGAUUGCUGGGGUUGCUGAGUAGGGAUACGCUACCGAGAUUGCGCGAGGGGGGGAAUUUAGAGACGUAUAUCAAUCUGCUGCGCGAGAGUAUCUUCAUCCCAGUUAUUGGGGACGAUGCCGAGAUUAAACAUACCGUCGACCAAGUGUGUGCAUCGAAGCUGCGGGAGAAGGUUGACGUGGUGGCUAAUGGGCCGAUGGAUCAUCAUGCGUAUAUGAAGGGUUUGUAUGGGACGCAGACACAGACGGUUGUUCUUGUGCAUGAAUCUGGGCGGGUGAAGUAUUUUGAGCGGACGCUGUAUAACGACCAGGCAGAGCAGAUUCCCAUUGGAAAGGGGGAUAGAUCCUUCGAGUUUACUGUUGAGGAGUAAAUCCCUGCCCUUAAAAAAAAGAAAAUCGGAUUUGAAUAAACCUAAGUGAUCUAUUCUGUCCAUUGAUUCGUGUACCCAUUGAGCUACGAGGAGAGUGUACGAUGAACUUUUUGCCUUUGGUUGGUUUGCUAUGAAAUAAAAAUCCAAUAUUACUACUCCGUAUGUAGGAAAGGUAUGGAAGCCCACGAAGAAAAAAGCUCACCAGCAGAAUUUUAUCAUUCCCAAUCACACCUGCAUGGCUAAUAUCAGGUCACCCCUUUUCAGCAACAUUUUCUCAUCUCUUUGCCCCCUACAAGCACCACAACUCACCCCUCCUCUGGCCCCCGCUUUCUUUCACCCUAAUAAGACCUAUUCCCAAAAGGAAGCGGGAAAUAAAGGGCCUAGGCUCACCCAGCGAGACAUCACUUCAAUUUUGCCCUUUCUAUUUCGCGAGAAAACGCUACACAGCAUACCUAUACCAUACACCAUCUAACAAUACAUUUACCAGAAAGAGACAAUCGAUAUUUACCCGUUACAAAGAGAAAGAAAGGGAAAAAAAAAAACAGGCGAAGGAAGCAAGAUCCUCUACAUCUCUCUCUCUACUACCCCUUUUCUCCAUCAUAAACGCAAACGCGAACAAUACGUGGUGUAUACAUUUUCAAAGAACGUGAAUUGCCAGGAGACUUGCCAGAUGAAAAGGGGUAAAAGAGGUAUUCCUGUCAUAUAUUGUAUAUUGUAUAUUGUAUAUUGUCUAUACAUAUAAUCUCCCUUACUCUGCCUAGUUGUUGAUGGAUAAUGUUACAAAUGAACAAAACCAAUAAAGAUAUUUCACUUUUUUCCAUUUCAACUCAUCACUUCCUAUUUUUUUGAUUCUUUUUAUUUUGAUUUCCAAACCUGUUCAAGAUUUCACUUUUGGUUUUUUGGGGCAGUUUUCAUUAUUGGUUCAUCUUCUAGUAUUUUUCGAGGGAACACACGUAGAUGGGGAAAAGAGAAGAGGGCGAUGGGUCAAUUGAUACGAGAGACUUUUGAGCUUUUAAGAAAAAAUACACUUUGUCAAUACAUCAUAUAUAUAUUCCCCUAUGUUAAGGGGGCGAUAAAGGAAUAAAAAUCCGACGAAAGGCAUUUUUU